ACUGCGGGAUGAUAUUGCUACCAUGUCAACCAAAAACUAAUGGCAGACAAAGUGAAACGAGAGUAGUCACUGAAGUGCUAUAAAUCUGGGAGUUUAGUAAAUGUAAUAUCCAUAAUGGCGGCCACCCUGCCGCCCAUUACCAAGUCCGCUAGUGGGAGCAGACAAGGAUAUGCAGUUCCUGCUCCCAAGGGACCGCCUAGUGGAAAGUUGAAACCACUGAGAAAAAUUGGAAAAACUGAUAGAGAAAUUUUAUUUAAACAAGAAGUACUGAGACAACAACAACCAGAUCUAUCAAAGAAACAAACCUCGAGCUACAGAAACACAUACAAACAUAAUUUGUGUCUGGAUAUGUUGCAAGAUGGAUAUCACAAGUCUUUUAGUGAACUAUUUGCUCUUAUAAAACAACAAGAGGAAGACAGACUUGCACAAGGAGAAGAAUCAUUAAUGUGGACACAGACAAUGUUAAAAGAUAGACAUCAAGAACUAGACAUGCUUAAAUUUCAUCUGACAAAGGCAGAGGAAGCUCUGAGAAAAGGUGACUACUCAGAGGUGUACCACAACAGAUUUGAGCUUGCUCGCUAUUUUCAGUCCACAGGUGAUAAAUGGUUAUCUGAUCACUUCUUCAACACUUGUCUGGAUACCAGCAGUAGCAUUGAAGGGGAUGGAGGGAAGCUCCGAGCCCAGGGCUACUACAAUGUAGGAGCUGCUCUUGAAGACAAUGGACAAUACUUUGAGGCAGCUGAACACUUUGAGAACUACUACAAACUUGCAGUGGAACACAAGGAAUGGAUCCAAGGGGAUGGUUUUACCUAUCACACAGAUGCCUGUAUCAAUUUAAGUCGCAUUUACACAACUAUUGGUGAGAAAAUGGAAGAGGAGGAUCAACAGAAAUCACUAGAAUACCUCACUAAAGCCCACAAGUUUGCCACAGAAAGUAAUGAUAGAGUUUUAGAAGGCCAAGCUGCCUACAGACUGGGACAAGCCUAUGAUAAAAUUGGAGAAGGUGAAACUGCUCUGCAGCAUUUAAACAGCUAUUUAGACACAUGUAAUGCUACCAAGGAUAGUGAUGGCAUUGGCAAAGCAUGUGAUGCGAUUGCCAAGUCUUAUGCAAGACAAGGCAAACUGGAAAAAAGUAUAGAUUAUUUGAAGAAAUUUGUGGAAGUAACAGAACAGAGUGGAGAGGAGAAGGGACUUAGCAGAGCAUGUCAUAAUCUGGGAAACAUAUUUAACUCACUGGGUCGCUAUGAUGAGGCCACAGAAUAUUUCAGUAAGGCUUACAAUAUAGCCAGAUCCAUGUCAGAUUUAGAGUCCAUUAACACAAACCGAGUCCAGUAUGGCAUAGCCAUGGCUCACAAAAUGUUAACGGGACUGAAUGAGCAUAUUGUGAUGGGAUCCAGACCUGCCCUGGAGAGACUGUGUGAAUGGAAGGACACCAGGACAGAUGACUUCAAAAAGCCUUUCCCAGAGCCAAAACCUGAGGAACCCCCUGCACCUCAAGAGAAACCUCAGGAAACUGAAAAUCCAACAUCUGAAAAAGAUGAGACUGCUGAGGCAAAAGAGGAGACUGAAGAAGGGGAGGAAACUAGCUAAAGGGAAAUGAAUUCAUCUUGAAUUUCCUUGAUGGAAAACUGAAGUAAAUUCUAAAGACAAGAAAACAUGAAUGUGCCUUUCUGGAAAUUAAAGAAACUUGAAAAUCUUGAAAAUGUGAGAGAAGAAUUUAUAUGUGAUAUUUGAUUCUUGACAAUAUAUGUUACUUGCAUACUUCAUUUUAUUCCAUGUACAAGAACAUGAUUAUUAUACAUGCUAGUCCAUUUAUAGUAUAUAAUGCCUUGUUGAAAAAAAUGGGGGUAUGUCUCAUUGUGCAAAAUUUAGAACUUUGGAACAGGCACAUUGACUCUGUACUGCAUUCUUUUCUUGUUAGUGUCAUUGUCUACAUUAUGUUGAGUGUACAUUUCUGUUUUGUAAUACUAUCAUAAUUAAAUACCAUAAAUAUCAGAAAAUGAA